AACCGAAUGGGAAUCUUUCACGCGCAUCGCAACAGUUCGGUACGGUACGGAUUCUGCUCAGUGUAACCACAGUGACGAGAUUGUGACCUUUCGCUUUUCAAGUUUAUCAUUGAUAAGGUUUGGUCAUUUUCCGCGAGAUUUGCAACGUGAAUUAAUUGGUUAUUUUAGUGGAUAUUAUAGUGUUGAAAGAAAAAAAAAUGGCACGACAGCUGAUCGUUUUUUCGGACAAUGGAAUUCAGCGGAAGGUGGCGAUUAUCCUGUUUAUGGCCGUUAUCGGUGUAACGAUGGCAUGCAACGGUGGCUACCGCAUCAAGGUCCGAAAAGUGCAAAACUGCGCCGGCGACGACGCGGUUAUCAUGGCACAGGAAAACUACACCGCAGUGCUGACGAAACGCUGCGAAAUCAAGUCCCGGGGCUGCGUCACCUAUAAGGCAUUCAAAACCGGCAUCGUCAACUACAAGGUCAAGAAGGACGGCGUCCAGGUGCUGCAGGGUAAAAUGAAUCUGUGCGAUCAGAUCAACACCGGAAACCGCGAUCCCACUAUAGGGCCAAUGAUGCGCACGCUCAAUCUACCCGACAAGUGCCCAGUGGACGCUGGAACGCUGUGCACGGAUCCAUCUCAAGUGAUCAAUAUUGAACAGUUCAAGCAAUUUCUUCCUCUGGCGCGAGGUACGCUUGAAAUAGAUUCGGAUAUUCAACACGAUACGGGCAAAAGUUGCUUCCGACUACAGAUCGAUGUCGCAAAGUGAUCGGACGAGUUACGACCGGAGAGGAUUUCAAGCCGAAUGGCAUUUGGAAAUACACAUAUCGAUAGCGCUUCCAGUGAAACAGGUUUAAUUAGAAACAAUAAAUACAAACUGUUACCUCA